GGGAUGAGGAAGCACGCGGCUCUGCGCCUCGACCACCCACGGUGAAGCAGGUGGUGGUGGAGCAGACUUCUGACGCAGCUCCUGCGAAAGUGCUCGCACUCAAGUUGGAAAAUGGCCUCCCAGCGACUGCCCGGGACGAGCAGUUGCUCCUGGACUUCUUUGAGGAUCCGAAUGCUUACGGCGUGACGAUGCGGUGA